ACGAUUUUGUGGCGUGUGCGAGUGUUGGUGUGGAAGGGUCGUCUGAUGGCUUCCUGGGGUUCAUUAAGUGCGCUGGAACUUUUCCCCCUCUUUUUUCCUCGGCCUCCUCCCCUCCCCGCUUCCGAGGAAUGCGGGGCUUAUGUCAGUGAGAGUCAGGUACAGGCUGACUAAUUACCGCCGGCCUUCCUCCCUCCAUCUCUCCCUCCUUCACCUUCUGUACUCCCUCUCUCCUCCGUUUGUAGACCUUGUGGGCUCUAAUGCCCCCCUCUCCAAAAAACAAAACAAAAGCGUUUUUUUCUCGUCUCCCGCUGUUGCGUCUACAAGAAGCGCUGUCGUGACUGGAGCAGAGGCAAACGGAGGAUCUGAGUCAGAAUCCCAAAAAACACCCAAAGAGGAACAGAAACUCUGCCUCGUCCUCUUUUUCAGUCUGCCUGUGUUCGAUACUUUGUAUGUUAGCGUUGUCGGGGAACACUUCUGAUUGUGCUGCCGGUGGCGGUGGGGGCCCCGUCGUCCAAGACAGGAGGCGCCCGGACGGCCGACGAGAGACGGCGCAGAACCUGACGGACGAGGACGCGAAGAUGACAACGUGAGGCCGGACUGUCAAAUGUCCCAAAACGUCGGCUGAAGAAGAACCCAAAAAGCCACACCUCUAAUUGGCUGUUUUUGUCAGAAUGACAGCCGAAGAUUCAGCUUCCUCUUCAGCUAUGAGCACCAAUACUGCCCCCUCCAAGCCCUGCAAAUCCGCCGCUGCCUCCCACCACGCUGUCCUCGGACACACCAACAUUCCCGAGGGCGUCGCAGGCGCUCCCAAUGAGCCGGCGCUGGUGGCCUUGAUGGAGCGCAGCGGCUACGGGAUGGUCCAGGAAAACGGCCAACGCAAAUACGGGCCGCCUCCCGGUUGGAACGGCCCAUCUCCGCCGCGGGGAUGUGAGAUCUUUGUGGGCAAGAUCCCGAGGGAUGUUUACGAGGAUGAGCUCGUUCCCGUCUUCGAGGCUGUGGGACGCAUCUACGAGAUGCGCCUGAUGAUGGACUUUGACGGCAAGAACCGAGGCUACGCGUUUGUGAUGUACACCGAGAAACACGAGGCCAAACGGGCCGUGCGGGAGCUCAACAACUACGAGGUGCGGCCCGGGCGACUCCUCGGGGUCUGCUCCUCUGUGGACAACUGCCGUCUUUUUAUCGGCGGUAUCCCCAAGACCAAAAAGCGUGAGGAGAUUCUGGAGGAGGUCUCCAAAGUGACAGAAGGCGUGUUAGAUGUGAUCGUUUACGCCAGCGCCGCAGACAAGAUGAAGAACCGUGGCUUUGCCUUUGUAGAGUACGAGUCGCACCGUGCGGCCGCCAUGGCCCGCCGGAAACUGAUGCCUGGGCGCAUUCAGCUGUGGGGUCACCAAAUUGCAGUGGACUGGGCAGAGCCAGAAAUUGAUGUGGAUGAAGAUGUCAUGGAGACAGUGAAAAUUCUCUAUGUCAGGAAUCUUAUGAUGGAGACCAGCGAGGAAACCAUUAAACAGGUGUUUAGUCAGUGGAACCCGGGCUGUGUAGAGCGAGUGAAGAAAAUCCGUGACUAUGCCUUCGUUCACUUCGCAUCCCGCGACGAUGCCGUGCUGGCCAUGGACCACCUGAAUGGAACAGAGGUGGAGGGCUCCUGCAUUGAGGUCACGCUCGCCAAGCCGGUCGAUAAAGAGCAGUACUCUCGCCAGAAGGCCUCGAAGGGGGUUUCUGCUGCUCCGGAAGCUCCACAGCAGAACUAUGUCUACCAGUGUGACCCUUACACAUUGGCCUACUACGGUUAUCCCUACAGCACACUCAUCGGACCCAACAGGGACUACUUUGUCAAAGGAUCCUCAUUGAUACAGAACAAUGCAGGUACCGUGCGAGGUCGUGGUCGCGCCGCCACAGGUAACCGGACCCCCGGUCCUCGGGGCUCGUACCUGGGGGGUUACUCUGCCGGUCGUGGCAUCUACAGCCGCUACCACGAGGGUAAGACCAAGCUGCCCGAAAAGUCCUAUGAACUGAUGCCCAGUCUGGAGCUCGCUGCCUCCGUCAACCCAGUUGCCAUCAAACCAGGCACAAUGGCGUUGCCGACUCUGGCCGGCCAGUACCCGGUGUUCGGCGCGGCCCCCGCGGCCAAGCUGAUGGAGGAGGGCAAGGUGCACGCAGUGGAGCAUCUCAUCAACCCUCUGGCCUUGCAACACCCUGAACACGCCGCGGCUCCCGCCGCCGUUCUGCCGGUCUCCACUCCGCCACCUUUUCAGGGUCGUCCGAUCACUCCCGUCUACGCCGUGGCGCACAACGUGCCGCGCAUCCAAGCGGCCGGCGGCCUGUACGGCGCGGGAUACGUCCCCGUCGCAAACUACGCGGCCAACACGGCCGCUCUGGCCGCGCUGCAGAAGAACGCGGCGGUCGCGGCCGCGACGUACGGAGGCUACGCCGGCUACGCCAUGCCGCAAGCCUUCCCGGCGACGGCCUUCCAGUUGCCCAUCCACGACGUCUACCAGUAUUGACGUGGUGCGGCUCUGCCCGCGUGAAGUCAACGCGAGCGUUCUCCUGCCCGUGACUGAUCCACCGCUGUAACUUCUCGACGGCACGCCUUAAAAGUAAAUAUCUGCGGAUUCGGGGAACCUCCGAGCACAGCCACGAGUGAGAGUGACGCUUGAAGAUACGAUUAUGAGCACAUGGUGAAACGAUGUGCCCCACCUAUUACUUCUUGAUGCAAAUUGGAAGAGGCAAGCCGCGACCUCCGUGCGGGGACGGCCGACUGCGAGCAAAACGACAAAACGACGCCGUCUCGUCAUUGACCCCCGGCCCCGUCAUCAGGUUGCUAUAGCAACAAAACCCUGAAGGUACAUGAAAGUAUUUAUGAAGAGAAGACAUAUAUUUAAGGUUCUAUUACUGUAGGUUUAGCUUGAUGUUUUAGGGGGUAAAGAUAACCUUUUUGAGUAAAAGUGGGGGAAGAAAAAGUUCAGAACUACUGACACUGAAGCCAACUGUUUUGCAUAUACUAAUGAAUGUUUUAGGGUUGUUGUUUUUUCCCACUAGUGUAUUUUAGCGUUCUUUCCUCGCGGAGUGCUGUAGGUGAUGCUGUCCGUCCAUGCUGAUUGAAUGUUUCUGCUUCAAACAUACAGCACAUGCCCGGUUGGUACUCGUUUGGCUCGUUUCGCUGUAUUUGUGUUGUUGUGAUUCUUUUCAAAUGAAGGUUUUCGAGUGCUGUGUUCAGUGAACUAUAACUGCUUUGCUUGUUUCAGUGUCGUUGCUUGAACAUUUGAACACACUUAGAUUAUUUGAAGAAAUGUCCCCAGAAGAUUUGUUUUAUUUUUUGGGGGGGGACAGAUAAUAAGCAAGCCUAACAGCUUUUCUAAUGGUGACAUCACGUACAUGGUUUCCCACACUGAGGAGAAGACUGAACAUUUUUUCAUUUAUAUCAUCUUUUUUAUCAUUAUUAUUUGACACGUGAAAGGUGAACAAGUAUGCGGAGAAAUUAGAAGCCUUUUCUAUAUGGACAUUAGUGGACACAUGCCAACUAAGCUAGCAUACACGCCAGCCUGAGGAUAUUAAAACGAGGCCUCGCCACCGUGCCUGACAACUACUUUUUAUGCCACCCUGCUCUUUAUUUCUUAAUUACACUUACACUGUGCCUUUCAUAACAGAGUGGAAAAUGGCUCUGGAUUUAGGAUGGCUCACAAGUCUCGUGGAUUUGUGGUGUUGCAGUAUUGGGGUAACGGGACAAAGCUACCUCGUCCAUCCACACAACAACAUUCUCUUCAUUUCUUGAGCCGCCUUCAAACUACGACAGCAGAUGGCGAGAGAUGUUCCAUUGUCGGUCAUCAGUCGUCCGUGGUCACACUUAUCGACGUUUUAAUCGGCACUUUUAAAAAGAAACUCUGCACGUGCGAUAGCAAGCUGCAAACAACUGGAGCAAUACCUGACCCGAUACCGAGCAGCAGCCACGUGACACGAGAGCCAUUUUCAUUUGAGUGCAUUAUCGCAGCUGUUGCUUAUGAUGAGGAGGAGGAUUACAAUGAUUAUUAAUAUUAAGUCAGAGUUUCCCCGCACUUUUUCAACUCGCAACCCAAAUUAUGAAUUUGGUUCCACCGAAGAGCCGAGCUUACGCAAAACGAGCUCUAUUCACACACACGCAAAAGACCUAUGCACGUAAACCAAUGAUGAUGAACAGGAGGCACAUGAAAAAAGGAAUUUUUUACAAAAAAGUUAGUUUGGUCCAACUCACCAUUUUUAGUCCGCAACUGGUGAUUAGUUUUUUGUUUUUUUCUUGUAUGAGGACAAAACAUCAGGAUGUAUUGAAUUAAUAUAUGCAUUACAUAUGCUGUGUAUGAAGUGAGAAGGAAAGGUCUAAUAUAUUCGAAAACUUUUCUUUAUUAACAUUUUUUAGGGAUUUUUAAAGUCUGAGUAACAAAAGUAGAUUUUUUUUCUCUUGCCAGUGUCCGAUAGUUUAAAGCGUUCAAGUUAUUGUAUUCUGUGUGAUGAUUUUGUUGUUGUUGUUGUUUUUUUUCUUUUACAAUUUUGAACUGGAUUUUGUGUUGUGAGUGUGUCUUUAAGCUUCCAUCUUAUCAUAAGCCAAGACAACAACAUUGCAGUGGUCUUUAACUCUGCUAAAGUAAACUGGAGUUCAGCCUUGGCCAAGAUAUAAAAACAAGUGUGGUCCAACAGCCAUGAAAACAUGUUUGUUUUGGGUUUGACAACAGUCACUUCCUGGUUCUGCCUCUCACUCCAAACGGCUGCUCUCCUGGCGUUUCUCUCACACGACAACCGUGCUCACUUGUGUGGAGCUCCGAUAUAUCCAAGCCAGUUGAACCAGCGCUGUCACUGUACAAACUCUUCGUAGUGUGUGCCUUAUUGCCAACAUGUGCUUUUACCUUUGUAGACCUAUGAAGACUGACUUCUAUCUGAGGGGUUGUAUUACUUUUACUUACUUUGUUUUCCCUGCCUUGUUAUAUUUAUAGUAAGAAAUAGAUAAAUAAAAGCAUUUUCAAAAGCAA